UUGACAUUUGGUGGGUGCUGCACAUGUAUUUCAAUCAAUUUCGCAGCAUUUCGGUCAGACGGCAUAGUUUCAUUUGCAAAAUUCUCAAAAUUUCCAAUUAAAACAGUCUAAACGGGAAAAUUACAUCAAUUUUACGUUCAUUGUAUGAAAUAGAGACAGUUGGGGGCUAAGAAAGGCAGGUCUCAGUUAAAAUCGUGAAUAGUUUUGGUACAUUCUCGAAAGCCGACUACACACAAUGUUGUGAUAUGGUUAUGCAAGCAAUAAAAGUGGAAUAACUUUUGUAAUUAUCUCGGCCGUUUUUAAAUGCAUCAAUAAAGUUCUGUGCGACAAAUCAAACCAUGGUGUUCAGUCGAAUUGUGUCAAAUAUAAAACAUAGCUCAAAUGCCGCAUUGAAAUCAUGGUGCUAUCAAUGCGAGAGCAUCUUGGCCCAGCGCUCGAGAAGGUUGCAGCAGCUGUUUACAUUUUAUCAUCGGGUCUAUGGACCGCAGGGGCUUAAAAUGCUAAUACGUUCCUAUCACCGACAAUUGCCGCAAUUCAAGGGCAAAAACUUUGUCCUAAGUGCUGUGGGUGCCAUUGGCUUGACGGCAUCAAAUGGAGUUUCGGGGGGAUUCGAUUGGAGUUCUGAGCGCCUAAGCCUGCUAAAUUUUGAAGCCUGCCAGGGUGAUAUUGAAUUUAUCAACACCCUACCACAAAAUAAGCUUUGUGAUCUAUGCAAGGAGUAUAAAAUGAAAUAUUGUUAUUGUCUGGUGGGCAAUAAGAAGUGUCCUGCAGCGACCGGUAAUGGUGGUGGUGCUGGUGUCAAUGAAAAGAAAAAGCCAAUGAGAGGAAAUUGUAGGAGAGCAUUUCAUUUUUACAAAGAUGGUGCGGCUGAAAUGGGCAGGGCCUUAAUACAAAAUGCCGAAGAACAGCCAUGGGAACCGUACAUGAGCAAAGAUCAAUUUUCGAUAUGGCGCAGAGAAGAACGCUCAGCCAUGUACUCGUAUAAGGUAUAUGCCUAUUUCAAUGAUAUUUCGGCAGCUGAUUUGAUGCAUGUUCAAGUUGAUUUGGAUUAUCGCAAGGAGUGGGAUAACACUGCUGUGGCCUUACAUUUGAUUGAAGAAGAUCCGGUGCCGGGAACCAAUUCCCAUCUCAUCUAUUGGGAAAUGCAAUGGCCCAGGCUGUUCAGCAAUCGUGAUUAUGUGUAUUGUCGUCGUUUUGUGUGCGAUGACAAACGGAAGGUUAUGAUGGUGGCAAAUCGUGGCACCACCCAUCCCAAUUAUCCCCAGUAUGGCGACAAGGUGCGUGUCACAGACUAUUGGAGUUUUAUGGUCAUUAAACCAUAUCGCAGUUUUCAAGAACCCGGUGUCCAUUAUGUUUUGACGUAUUACGAUGAUCCCGGCUUGCCAAUACCGCAAAGUGUCAAGGCCUGGGUCGCACAAAAACAAAUGCCUGAUGUUUUACAUAACAUGUAUCAUGCCACGAAAAACUAUUCCUAUCGCAAGGCAUUGGCCAUGAAGGAUGUCUUUAAUAAUUUCACAACCAUUAAUGAUGACUACACGGCCAAUGAGUCGCGCAAUAGUUGGUUUAAGAAGAUUUUAAGGCAUAGAAACCACAAUGAAAGCUUAAAGGAAAAGGAAAAAUGAAAAGCGAAUAGGGGCAGAAAUUAGUAAAGAAAAAAGGGGAAAAGGG